AUGGCACCUUCCCUAAUUAUCCCCUUCCUCCUCCUCUUGACUCUCACACUCCUCCAACCGCCACGCUCCGCCGCAAAGCUCCACAAGACCGCCCCCACCACCACCACUUACUUCGAAGUCACAAGGCCAAUCCCUCUCCCCAAAACUCAACCCUGCUCUCACUCCAUCCUCCAUCAUCAAGAAUUCGCAUACACCUACGCCAAACCACCCAUCAUCGCUACCUACUCACCACCACCCUCAAAAUGCCAAAACUUCGACAAAGCCGUUCUCGAAUGGACCGCCACUUGCAGAGGGCGGCAGUUCGACAGAAUCUUCGGCGUCUGGCUCGGCGGCGUUGAGCUCCUCCGCAGCUGCACCGCCGAGCCCACACCCUCCGGCAUUGUCUGGACCGUCAAGAAAGACGUCACCAGGUACCGUUCCUUGCUCCUCAAGGAACAAAACGUAUCUAUUUAUAUGGGAAACAUCGUUGAUGCUACUUAUACCGGAGUUUACCACGUUAACCUCACCUUCCACUUCUACCCCGCCCUCGGAAACCACGCCGCCGCUUCUCCGGCGGAUUUCAUACUCCCUAUUUCGAGAACUCCGCCAUUUAACGGCGGAGCAUGGUUCGAGAUCGACAACUCCACAACUACACAAGGAAGAGAGCUCCAAAUCCCAAACAAUGCAUAUAGAGCGGUGAUGGAGGUGUAUGUUUCCUUCCAUGAAAACGAUGAAUUCUGGUAUGGAAACUUCCCAAAUGAAUACAUCUCCUUUAACAACCUCACAGACGUGGCCGGAAACGGCCCCUUCCGCGAGGUCGUCGUGCGGCUCGACGGCGUCGCUGUGGGGGCUGUGUGGCCGUUCACGGUGAUCUACACCGGCGGCGUCAAUCCGUUUUUCUGGAGGCCGAUUUCCGCGAUUGGCUCGUUCGAUCUACCGACUUACGACAUCGAGAUCACUCCAUUUUUAGGGAAAUUAUUAGAUUCGAAGCCUCAUUUCUUCGGAUUUAGCGUCACCAACGGUUUGAAUGUAUGGUAUGUCGAUGCGAAUCUGCAUCUUUGGGUAGACAGCGAGUGGGAGAGGACGAGUGGGGAGUUGUUGGAGCACAGUGCUUCGCCGCUGUCGUCCUCGACGAAAUCUAGGGUUUCUGCUUCCGCCGGAACGUUCACUGCGAAAUUCAGCAGAUCGAUGGCGGCGAGAGGCCGCGUGGAGUCGUCUCACGGCGUGAUCACGACGGAAUCGAGGCAGGUUUUGAGGUACAGCAACGAAAUGGAGUUGAGAAAGGGUGGGGAUUUUCAGGUGUUGAAUCAGCUGAUCAAAGUGAGGGGGAAUGUGGCGGGGAGGACGGCGGCGGCGGCGGUUUACUCCGCCGGUUCGCGGUCGAAGUUUGGCGUGCGGCUCUACUCCAACGUGGGGAAUGAGAGUGAUUAUAGGGGUAAUGUGAAGUUGGUUUUGGAGGAGAAAUGGCGGGAGAGGUCGGAAUUGGGAUCCUCAUUUGGUAGGUUGAAGAAUUUGCAGAGUGCGGAUGGAUUUAUGGUGGUGGAGGGGAAAUCUAAAUCUUUGCGUGGUUUGGGAAGGACUCAACAAGAUUAUAGAUAUUAUGGUAAUGAUUCUUGCUAUUUUAGGAAACUCAAAAGCUCCAACUACACUAUUUUGCAUGAUAAACAGACUCACACAUGCAAAUGUGUACCCAGAGUUUAGCGCAUGUUAUCUAAGAUUCGAAAUUUGUAUGAGUUAUACAUUAUAUUAAAUGAGAAUUAAAU